AUGCCUCUUUUCAACCACUCUGACGCUGCGCAGCCCACCACAACGACUCACGAGAAGCCCCUUCAGUCGCACACCGGUCCCGACUCCCCCGCUGGAUCUACGCAUCCCAUCAACAACGCUACCGGAGCUGCUGGAGCUUCGGGAGUGGAUGUCGGAGACCAGAAUGGAGCGGGCAGGGCGUGGAUUUAUCAGCGUCCGAGCGUGGGAGAGUGGUUCAAGAUGUACUGGGUGGACUUGCUGACAAUGGCGGCGAUUGGAGCUGUCGGAUUGGGCGUUUACUUCGCUGACCCUGCGCCAACUCGCAACUUCCCCAUCACGCCCUCGGACGGCGAGAUCGUCUAUCCGGAAGUCGCCUACCCGCUCCGCAAAAACAUCAUCCCCAUCUGGGCCGCUGCUAUGAUCGCCUUCUUCGUGCCCUUCGUCAGCUUCCUCCUCGUCCAGAUCAGGGUCCGAUGCUUCGAGGACUUGAACACGGCGACGUUUGGAGUGUUGUAUUCGCUGAUUACGGCGGCUUGCUUUCAAGUCUUCAUCAAGUGGCUCAUCGGCGGUCUCCGCCCGCACUUCCUCGCCGUCUGCAAGCCCGUCAUCCCCGCGGGCAUGGUCGGUGCAGGCUUCCAGAACAUCAUGUUCGAUCGGAGCGUGUGUACAGGAGACGCGAAGGAGAUCAAUGAUUCGCUCGAGUCGAUGCCGUCCGGACACUCGACGGCGGCCUGGGCAGGCUUGCUCUUCCUUUCGCUCUACCUCAACGGCAAGCUCAAGGUCUUCUCCGACUACCGCCCUCAUUUCUGGAAGAUGAUCGCCUUCUUUGCGCCUCUCCUCGGCGCCUUCCUCAUCUCCGGCUCGCUCACGAUCGAUGAGUUCCACCACUGGUACGACGUCCUCGUUGGAGGCUUGAUCGGCAGCAGUUGCGCGCUCGCUGCGUACCGCAUGUCCUACGCCUCCAUCCUCGACUUCCGCUUCAACCACCUUCCCCUCCCUCGCACCCCUCCCUCCUCCCCCGCCCACCACAACGCCCACUCCACCCCUCGCUUCCCCUACACCCUCGAAGCGGUCAACGGCCAAGCGCGGGACGGCGGCGUGCCGGUCUUUGCGGGUCAAUGGAGGGAGGCGGGUGGGAUGGGAGGAGCGGGUGUGCAGGGUGCGCCGGGAGAUGCGGUCAAGGGUGCGGUUGGGAGCGGGAUGGGAAGGGCGGAGAGGAUGGUGUGA